AUUCCGUAGGUCGACCUGGAUCAAAGAAUUGAAGAAAAUUGUGGUUAUAAAAACCCGGGGCCCAGUCACGAUGGCCAGGCAAGUCUUCCAUUUUUCUUCCAGAACAAUUCGGCCAUUGAGCUGCUGGUCCUGUCCCUCCUACCAAUUGAUUCUUCCCCAUCCUACACUCCAUCAUGUUUGCCUCCACUGCAAUGCACCACAAUAUUCCAUCAUGCCCUCCUCUCGAACAAAGAUCCUAUUCGGAAAGCAGUGAUGACUCCAUGCAAUCGGCUUUCGGAUAUUUCGAUAACACCAUGUACACCAUGGCGGCGACCGAUCUGCCCAUGACCCAACCUUCCUUCGAACCAUCCUCCUACGACUCCACCUCCUUCCCAUCAUCCGUCAAUUCCUCUCCCUUCAACGCCUACUACAACUUCACUCCUUCUCUCAUGUACUCGCCGGAAACAUACACUUUCCUUCAAACACAAACACCUCCGGUACCUGUUCCGGGCGGGGAAUGGGUUGCACCGCAAUCCACCACUCCCAGCACUGAGGUCGUAUACUCUCCGGAAGAGACUUGCGACGCAUUAGACAACUCUAGACCCGUCAAACCCUUCUCAUGCCGCGACUGCGGCAAGGCGUUCACACGUCCCGCCGACCUGAAACGGCAUCACACCAGCGUCCACAACCCCGUCUUUCAGGACUGCCCAGUACAAGAAUGUCUGCGCAAGGAUGGCAAUGGGUUUCCGCGUCGCGACCAUCUGAUUGAACACCUGCGCUCGUUUCACCACUGGGAUGUCCCUAAGCGUCGGACGACCAAGCGGUCGCGAACCGAUUAGUGUCAUGAUGCUUUUCCUCUGCCUUAUACCCUUUGCGUCAUGAUGCUGUUGAAUAUACCCUUCUGUUUGUUGCCGGGUGAUCACCCAUGGCACUUUACGUCCGUCUAUGUCCGCUAUGCUUCUCAUGUCUAUGCUUAUGCUUAUGCUUCUUCAUGUUGUCGAUGACCCACGGACGGUAUGGCGUUCCGGACCUCAUUCUAUCUAUUUUCCUUUUGGCAUAUACCAUUUCAUUUGGUUUUCUUAUACACAUAGACAUUGUGUACCAGUCACAAGUUUAUUAAUACAUUACCUUCAACAUGUCAC